ACAUGGACACUAUUGAAGUCAGCAACCUUAACAGACAAUUUCUAUUCCGAAAAUCACAUGUUGGGCAAUCCAAGGCCAAAGUUGCUCGGGAUGCUGUCUUAAAAUUUAGACCUCACAUAAGCAUAACGCCAUACCAUGCCAAUGUCAAGGAUCCUGACUUUAAUGUGGACUUCUUCAAGCAAUUUAAUGUUGUUCUGAAUGGCCUUGACAACUUAGAUGCAAGACAACAUGUGAAUCGCCUAUGCUUGGCUGCUGAAGUUCCUUUGGUUGAAAGUGGGACUACUGGCUUCCUUGGGCAGGUAACUGUACAUUUGAAGGGAAGAACGGAGUGCUAUGAGUGUCAGCCAAAACCUGCCCCCAAAACUUAUCCUGUUUGCACUAUUACUAGUACACCAUCAAAGGUAUUUCAAAUGCUUAUUGGUUUGUUAUUGUUUCGUUUUUAAUCAACUGCUUUAGUAUGUUUGAGUUGGAAAACAUGAGCCUUUAGUUGGCAGUUGUCUGUCAUG